AUGGAGGAAGCAAAUAUUGAAACCGAAAAACCCUCGCAAACUCUAAUCGCUUUCCCUCCUCACUGUCGAAGACACCUCAAGAGCGGAACGUACCGUACCUUGGUUCGAAUACUAUCUCACUGCUACGAGGAGUCGCAGCAUUCAGCUGCCGAUCAAAAUGUACCUCAAGAGCUUAAUCAAGAUAAUGGCAGCAUCGAACCAGUGCAAGCAACUGAAAAAGAAGAGCUGGAGAAUGUUGAAUUGGUUGGUCCUGGCAGUAUGGAGCCUAAGAAUUCGGCAGCUGAAGAAGUCGGAGUGGCUGAUGAGAGUUGUAUUCCUAAUGAUUUUCAGGAACAAUUAGAGCAGAUAAAGAGUAUACUGAACGUGGAAGAAAAUGAGGAUUUUUCCAAACUGAACGAAAUGAUGGACAUUGAAAAUAGCCUUGCAAUUGAUUUUCAAGAUUUGGAUUUCGAUCCUGAGCAGAUUCUGAUGGAUGAGCCAGAGCGGAUGGAGAAAGGAAAUGAAGACGACACUCAUAGACCCUCAGCCACAUCAUUGGACCAGAACCAGAGUGGCAGUGAUAGGGUUGCAUUGUUGACUAACCAAGAAGAACAUGAUGCAACAGUGAUAUCUGAAAGUUCGGUUCAAAUGGUUUCUGGAACACUUGAUUCAUCUUUACAUACUGUUGCAAUGGGUGAAAGUUCAAAUCAAAGAGAAUCUAAUGAACAAAAUUCCUUGUUGAUGACUAACAGAUUGGAUGUAGAGCCUAUAAUGCAACAGAAAGCAAUGGAACUGGAGACUUAUGUAUCUUCCGAAGGUGCAAAGGAAUCUUUUAUUCCCAUUACUGAAGUUGGAGCGAUUAAGGAGCCAGAAAACUUUAGUCAAAAGGUCCCUGACUCCUUUGAUUUCUCUUUAAAUAAGGAUAUGGUUGCUGAAGCUUCAAAGCCUGCUGAGUAUAGCAAAGACAAAAGUUCUUCACGGGAAAAUAAUGAUUUAGAAGUAGAACAUGAAAUGCAGCAAAAGGAUAAGGAACUGGAGGAAAUAGUUUGCACCAGAACGGCAAUAAAUUCUCCCAGCCAUAUGAGUGAAGAUAUUGAAGAGGGAGAAAUUUCUAGUGACGAUGGGAUGGAUGACAGAUCGAAUGAUGUGCUUUUGCAUGAUACAGUAGUGUUGGAGGAAAAGAAAGUUCCGGAGGUGCAGAUAUUUAAAGAUGUACUUGAUAGAAAAGAGCACUCUUGUAAGGUAGCAAAUGACAAAGAUUUUGGCUCCAAUUCCUUUCUGGUGGACAUGGUUGACGAAGGCAAAAUUGAUAGAGGGGCGGAACUCAGAGAAAGUAGUAGAACUGAGAUGAUUUGUAGACCGGGGGUUGUUGAGGGUAAAAAUGUGAAAGCCUUAAAGGUAGAUGACUCUAAUACUUUGCUAGAGGGUGGAAGAAUUGAAAUGCAAGAUAAUGGAGUCAGGAUGGGUAUUGGAUGCCCAGCAGCCGGAAACCAUGGAAUCACAUCUGAAGAAAAGUGGGAUGAUGGUGCCUGUAAUAAAAGAAAGCGUGGUCCUCCAACAAAGGAAAAGAAAGAAAAGAAAAAGGCUAAAGAACGAAAGAAACGAGCGGAAAAGAACAGGGAACUUGGUGUUAAAAGGCUGAAACUGCAUCCAAUACAGAAAGCAAAAACUGUAGCAUAUUGCCGCCAUUUUGUGAGGGGAAGAUGCCAUGAGGGUGACAAGUGCAAAUUUUCACAUGAUACGGUGCCUUUAACAAAAUCCAAGCCCUGCGUCCAUUUUGCUCGUCAGUCAUGCAUGAAGGGUGAUGACUGCCAAUAUGAUCAUGAGCUCUCCAAGUAUCCCUGUAACAAUUUUAAAGAAAAUGGUUUCUGCAGCAGAGGUGAUCGUUGUAUGUUUUCACACAAGAUGCCAUCCAAUGAAGAUAGUGCAACUGCUGCAUGUAAACCUGAAUUGAAGCCUCCUAUGGUGCUGAAUAAUUCCAGAUCUCAACAAGUAAACACUGGUGGUGCCUCCCAGCAGAAUGUCCAUGCUUUGGCCUACUCAACGGGGAUCCAUUCUCGCAAUAAUACUAAACAGAAUGUGACACAGACUGUUUUGAAACAACCUGAACCAGCUAACAAAGGGAUUAGCUUCCCCCCUAUUCCGAAAUCAUCGUUGGUUCAUUUCAGUAUGUCUAAACAAGAAGGCUUAGCCCCAGAUAGGAAUAAUUGUGCCAAAGCUGGGAACCAGAUAGAUCAAAGUCCAUUAAGUUCUGUUCAAACUUCCACUGAGAUUGUAAAGAGAAUUCCACCAGUAACCACUCCUAAAGGAAUAAAUUUUUUAUCAUUUGGCAAGGCAUCACCAGAUGAUGCAAGGGGUAAAAACCAAGUCUGCCGUCAGACAAGCCCAAGUGUGUCAGAGACUGUCAAAAACUUGAAUGGGAUGCUAAAGGCUAAUCAAUCGGCUGCACCACAGGGAACACACUUUAAUCCUUUCGGGAAAUCUUCGGUAGCUAGUUCUAGUAGUGAGAAACCAGUUAGCUUGCCUUCAUUUUGGAAUAAUGGUAGCAAUAUUGAUUCCUGUGAGAGUCAAACUACAGCUGAUAAACCUCAAAAUUCAAAUGGAAUCUCGUUGAGGCUGCCACCUUCUCCACUUACUUCAGGUCAAUCUUCAGAUCGCAUAGCAUCCAGGUUUUGUAAAGAUACAGCAAAUUCAUUCCAGAGGGGACUCUUUUCUACCCUAGCAUUUGCAGCAAAGUAUAAAACCCAAAACAUGAACCAGUCAAUUGGCUCUACUGGUGCUCAAGUUGAUAAGGAAACUAGGAAUAGCAGUAUCAGUGACAGUGUGGAAAUCCAUCCACCUUCGUCCGCUGCCGGAAUCAAUCUUAGGUAUUGGCUUUACUUACCAACUUGCGAUGGAUUACUUUAG